AUGCGAAGAUUCACUACCAUAGUCGAUCUUUUCUUCAGGAAACGCAAUAUUCUCUUACCAUCAUCUUCUCAAGCAAAUCCUCGAAUCGAUAUCAUCUGCAAAAGGUUUCACAUUUCCAGAGUUCUCAAAUACGAUUUCGUCGAGUCGACGGAGAGAAUUAACGGGGCUGGCUUAGUUUGUCCAGAGAAGAGGCGGCAGCAGGAGGAUGAAUUCGCCGGCGACGUCGAGAAGAUAUACAGAAUCCUGCGAAACUACCACUCCAGGGCUCCGAAGUUGGAGCUUGCUCUUAACGAAUCCGGUAUCGAUCUGCGACCCGGGUUAAUCGUACGGGUGCUGAGCCGGUGCGGCGACGCCGGGAAUCUAGGUUACAGAUUCUUCGUCUGGGCAACGAAGCAGCCUGGUUAUAGUCACAGCUACGAAGUAUGCAGAUCGAUGGUGAAGAUUCUUAGUAAAAUGCGGCAAUUCGGAGCUGUUUGGGGUUUAAUCGAAGAGAUGAGGAAACAGAAUCCGGAGCUGAUUGAGCCGGAGCUGUUCGUCGUACUGAUGCGGAGGUUUGCUUCUGCGAACAUGGUGAAGAAAGCAGUAGAGGUGCUCGACGAAAUGCCUAAGUACGGUUUAGAGCCUGAUGAGUCUAUUUUCGGAAGCUUGUUAGACGCAUUGUGCAAGAACGGUAGUGUCAAGGAAGCUUCAAAGCUUUUCGAGGACAUGAGAGACAAGUUCCCUCCGAAUCUUCGGCAUUUCACUUCGUUGCUGUAUGGUUGGUGUAGAGAAGGGAAGCUGAUGGAAGCUAAACAUGUAUUGGCUCAGAUGAAAGAAGCAGGGAUUGAGCCAGACAUUGUGGUGUUCACCAACUUGCUGAGUGGAUACGCUCACGCUGAGAAAAUGGCGGAUGCUUAUGAUCUCAUGAAGGAUAUGAGGAAGAGAGGGUACGAGCCGAACGCGAAUUGCUACACGGUGUUGAUACAGGCGCUGUGUAAGACUGAGAAGAGGAUGGAUGAGGCAAUGAGGGUUUUCGUUGAGAUGGAGAGGUAUGGAUGUGAGGCUGAUACCGUGACUUACACGGCACUGAUAAGCGGGUUUUGCAAAUGGGGAAUGGUUGAUAAAGGUUAUAAUGUGUUGGAUGAAAUGAGGAAGAAAGGAGUCUUGCCGUUGCAAGUGACGUUUAUGCAGAUAAUGGUGGCUCAUGAGAAGAGAGAACAGUUUGAGGAGUGUUUGGAGUUGAUUGAGAAGAUGAAGCAAGUAGGUUGUGAUCCUGAUCUUUUGAUUUACAAUGUAGUGAUUAGAUUGGCUUGUAGGUUAGGUGAAGUGGAAGAAGCGGUUAGGUUAUGGAACGAGAUGGAAGCGAAUGGUUUAGCUCCUGGUGUUGAUACGUUUGUGAUUAUGAUCAAUGGGUUUACAAGCCAAGGUUGUUUGAUCGAAGCGUGUGAUCGGUUUAAAGAGAUGGUAAGCCGAGGGAUAUUCUCAUCGCCGCAAUACGGAACGUUGAAGUCGUUGUUGAAUAGUCUUGUGAGAGAUGAUAAGGUGGAGAUGGCGAAAGAUGUGUGGAGUUGUAUAACGAGCAAAAGCUCUACUUGUGAGGUAAAUGUAUCAGCUUGGACGAUAUGGAUCCAUGCUCUGUUUGCGAAAGGUUAUGUGAAGGAGGCGUGUUCGUAUUGUCUGGAUAUGAUGGAGAUGGACUUGAUGCCGCAGCCUGAUACUUAUGCGAAACUUAUGAAAGGGUUGAAUAAGUUGUAUAAUCGGACGAUCGCUGCUGAGAUUACAGAGAAGGUGAGGAAGAUGGCGAGUGAGAGAGAGAUUAGUUUUAAGAUGUAUAAGAGGAGAGGUGAGGAGAGGUUGAUUGAGAAAGCUAAACCCAAAGGGAAGAAAGAAGGAAAGAAGAAAGGAGCUACUCAUCGUAGGGAUAAGUUUGGAGAUGAACGAAGUAAAUGUAACAUUAUAACCUAA